AUGGUUCGCCUCCUUCUCGGAUUGACAGCCUGCGCCGCCAUGGCUAUGGCCGAUGUGACAUUCAAUGUUGUCGGUCUGCGCGAAGAUGCCGGAGACUCGUUCGGUGUCAUGGUUAACGGCAAGCUCACAAAACUCACCACCACCGAGGACACUUACCCUCUCUGGUCCGCCAACGUCGCUGACGUUGAUGCACCCCUAACCUACAAGUAUGUCCAGCUGGAGAAGAACGGUAAAGUUGGCAAGAAAGAAAAGGAGGAGCGCAAUUUGCCCCAAGGUGCCAUCCAUACCCCCAACGAGUUCUUUGAUCGCUCGCAUACCCUCCACAACCUGCCUCCCCUUCCUCAGGUCUAUGAUAACAAGCUGGAGCAGAACUCGCCCUUCUUCAGAGAAGGGUUUAUCGGAAACAUCUUCGUCGAGGGCGAUCCUGCCAAGAUCAAGUACCUUAAUAAGGGUGGUGGUGACUUCCACCCCGACCCUAUCAAAGUUCAGGUCCAGUACAUUGGGUAA